UCCUUCCUCAGGAUGGGUGGAGGAGACUUAGCCAAAGGGAAGAAAGUAUUUGUUCAGAAAUGUUCACAAUGCCACACAGUGGAGGAAAGUGGAAGACACAAGGUUGGCCCAAACCUGCACGGGCUCUUUGGCCGUAAGACCGGACAGGCGCCUGGCUACUCCUACACACAGGCCAAUAUAGAGAAAGGUAUUGUGUGGGAAGAGGACACACUGAUGGAAUACCUACAGAAUCCGAAGAAAUACAUCCCAGGAACCAAGAUGAUUUUUGCUGGCAUCCGAAAGAAGAAGGAGAGAAUGGAUUUGAUUGCAUACCUGAAGAAGGCGACAUCUUCAUAG